CAAAUCUAGACCGUUAAACCCCACGACGUUGAAGGACCCACAAAACUUGUUUGACGGUUCAGAUUCACUGUAACUUUUUAAUUCGCCGGCUCUAUCUCUCUUGCCGUGUUUUCGAUUUUUUUUUUUUGACAGGAAGAAGAAACUCACAAAAAGGAAAAAUAUAUCUUGGAAUGAGAUAAAUAAAUAUCCGCAGCGAAGAGCGGAAGAAGGAAGCUUUUCCCUUUUUUAGCCCUCCCCCAUUACAUUAAGAGAUCCGUGGCGGAGAAUUUCUAGCAGACCGAUCUCUGUUUCUUACGAAUCUCUCUCUCUUGUCUUUGUCGGAAACUCGACUUCUCUCUGAUAAAUCUUAUAAAAAUAUGGGUUUGUGGGAUGCUCUUCUCAAUUGGCUUCGCAGCCUUUUCUUCAAGCAAGAAAUGGAGCUUUCAUUGAUAGGAUUGCAAAAUGCAGGAAAGACAUCACUUGUAAACGUUGUUGCAACUGGUGGAUACAGUGAAGACAUGAUCCCUACGGUCGGAUUCAACAUGAGGAAAGUGACAAAAGGAAGUGUCACAAUUAAGCUUUGGGAUCUUGGUGGUCAACCUAGGUUCCGCAGCAUGUGGGAACGCUACUGUCGUUCUGUUUCUGCCAUUGUGUAUGUAGUUGAUGCUGCUGAUCCUGACAACCUUAGUGUCUCCAAAAGUGAACUCCAUGAUUUGUUGAGCAAGACGUCGCUUAGUGGUAUCCCUCUUCUAGUCCUUGGGAAUAAAAUCGACAAGCCUGGAGCUUUAUCCAAAGAAGCCUUAACCGAGGAAAUGGGACUCAAGUCACUCACAGAUAGAGAAGUCUGUUGCUUCAUGAUAUCUUGCAAGAACUCCACCAACAUUGAUCAAGUCAUUGAUUGGCUUGUAAAACACUCCAAAUCAGCAAGCUAAACUUUGCUACAAAAGAAGAGAAGUCAACUCUCUAGAGUUAUUGAUCUUUCUCAGCCUUCUUGUGUGUUGCUCCUUUGAUGAUGAUGAUGGUGGAAGAAGACAGUUGUUUCUUUUUUUCUUCAUCCUGUGAAAUACAAGAUUUGUCUUUCUUUUUUUUCUUCUGAUUCUUUAUCCUCUUUCAUCUGUGUCUGCUGCUGUUGUCUGUAUAUUAGAUUUGAUUGGUUCUCUCAGGGUCAGUUUUUUACAAUUUACGAGUUCAUUGCAUGUUUUGAAAGAAGACAAACA